CCAGAAUGGGCUCCUUCCUGGGCCUUUUAGUUUCUAGACUCUACCCUGUAAUGGAGUUAGGGCUGUAAGAGACAGUAUAUGUUGUGUUGACCGCAGGGAUGGUUUUCUUGGGGAGUUAUUGGUCAGGAAUGGAUGCCAGUUCAGCUAAGGGGGUCCCAGUUUGUCAUGGUCAAACUGAUUCACUGUCCUCUGCAUUCUGGGGGCCACUAGAGGAGGAACGACGAGGGAAACCAAAGAAAGUAAGCAGGACAGAGCAGAAGUCUGUGCAGCCAGCAGAAGGCAGAAACAUCUCACAGCUAAAUGACGCUUUUCCUGCUGAGGGCAGGGGACAAGACCCAAACCUUACAUGAGGCUUGCCAGACUAUGUCUGAGUGCUAAGGUGGCCUUACCUCACCCCAUCCCCCCUGGCUGCCUUCCUCACAAUGGGGUUCAUUGCUGAGGUGUCAGAGGGCAUAUUAAGGAGGGUGAGGCAGGGGCCUGCCUGCCAGACACAGGCAGGGCUCCGGCCCAUUCAAGCAUGAGUCAUACCAUCUGGGCUCCACCACUCCCAGCGCGCUCUUAGCUCUCUGUGUGAGGCCUAGGGCCCUGGAGAACUUCUUAGAGUUCCUCCAGCAACCAUCAUGCAAGGUGGUGCUGGGGACUGUCCUUGUGCUAGGAGGUGGAGGCCUCAUGCUGUGGGCUCAGAGGAGGAAAAGGAAGACAGAGUGUGCACGAGACAAGUCUCGCGAAUCCUGCCGAUCAAAUGACAGCUGGAUCAAAUCUCACUUUAGCCGCCUCUCCGAAGAGAGGUUGCCCACCCACCGCUAUGCCAGCAACAAUGGCCCCUCGUAUGAAAAUAGGCUUGGGGAAGCCAACACCACCUUCCACAUGGAGACUCUCACCUCCAAACAUGGAGAAGGGGGCAUGGCUCUGCACCGAGAUUCCUUUGCCAGCAAACAGAAAGUAUCUGGGACCUCAGUGACCAAAGAGACCCAGAGGGAGUCAAGAAAGCCCUCGUCAAUGGAGGAUGAAACAUGGACCGCUGUGGCUGCUUGUGCCAAGGAGAUUGAUGCCAAGGGGCAUCACCUGGCUAAUUCCAUGCUGCAACGUGCCACGGCCUACCAGCAUAUAGGCCACGUGGAAUCCAGGGACAUCAGCCCAGAAGAGCUGAAGGCUCUGGAGGAGGUGGAGAUAAAGCUGAAAGGGAAUUUCCUCACUCAGCGGGAAACUGCCAUAGCUGGUUCCAACCAAACUCACACCAUCUAUAACCAGAGUCGCCAUGGGCACCAGAGCCAGCAUAGGCAUUCAAACCACCAAAGUAACCAGAGCCAUCCUGUUUACUCCAGCCACCAGGGUCAUCACCCAGAUCACUUGAGCCACCAGGGUCAUCCAAGUUACUCAAGUCACCAGAGCCACCAGAGUCAUCUGGGCCACUCAAACCACCAGAGCCACCAGAGCCACCAGAGCCACCAGAGCCAUCAGAGCCACCAGGGUCAUCCGGGCCACUCAAACCACCAGGGUCAUCCGGGCUACUCAAACCACCAGGGUCAUCCGGGUCACUCAAACCACCAGAGUCACCAGAGUCAUCUGGGCCACUCAAACCACCAGAGCCACCAGGGUCAACCAGGUCACGCAAGCCAUCAGAGCCAUAGUCUGCCCAACCGCAGCCACCAAAUCUAUGACUCUUGAAGCCACUUAACCGUGUGUCCCCUCCCCCAGCAGGGCCGGCUCACAUACACAGGCCUGUUUUCUCUUCUAUGGGGAAACUUACUUGGUCCAGGGUGAGAGGCUGCCACCCAAAUUCCUACUUCUGGCCCCCAUGAGUGAAGGAGGGAAGGGAUGCAGCUUCAACAGCCCGAGGGCCCUGAAGACCCACGAGAGAAGACAUGAGGCAGAUUGCAGGAGCAGCCACCACAAGCCCCACACUGACUCCACAUGCCUGAAUGGAGCCAAUAAAGCCCUACAUGCCCUCA